CACAGACUGUGGUGGCAGUGGCGAGCCGUGGGAAGGCGCCUCGGACCACAGAUCUUCCUCCACACGCACGAUCGUCACAGAGCCGCUGCGGCGGGGCGUGGAGAGGACGCGCGCACGGGUGCCCCUCGCGCACUGCUUUCCGCGGACGGACCCGCGAGGCGGACGCGCGCGCGAAGCGGACCUGGCGGACGAGCGCUCGGGGGGGGGGGUCAGAGAUUCGGGUGUUGAUCGCAGCCAGCUCGAGGCUCCCAAGUGCCGUGACACACGAGGAGCGCAGAUACUCUUUUCUUCUUUUCUUUUGUUGCGUGGUGAAAACGUGCUCUUCUUGCCGCGCCUUUGCUCCACCAGGCCAGCAAGAAAACUUGUGCCCCCGCGUGCUCCUUCCUUCUUCGCCGCGUUUCUUCGCUGUGUUUUCCCCCCGUUUCACUGUUGGCCUCAAAAAAGCGGAAUGAAUGACAAAGACAAAGGCUGAUGCGAGUCCGCCCGCUCACCUCGCCUCGUCCAAGGAAAGGAGACCGAGCCGGCACAAGAAGAAGAUGGAGCGGGACAGCGCCGAGCCGCAGCAGGAGCCGCAGGAGCCGCAGGAGCCCCAGGAGCCACAGGAGUCGCAGCCGGCGGCGCAGCCACUUCAGCCCGGCGAGAAGAAGAAGAUCAACCGAGCCCCUUCCCCGGCACGACCCAAGGAGGUGCCCGGCUGGUCCCUCGCCAAGAUCCGCGGCGGCAUCGGCGCUCCGACGCUCAGCGUGAAGCCGGGGGCCAUACACCUGGGCAGCAGGGCGUCCCGACGCAGCCCCGCGGGUGCCAAGGACGCGGCCAAGUCGGAGAAGGGGAAGCUGCCCGGGAAGAGCCUGCUCUCCGUGGUGGGCGCUUCGCCCAAGAUCGGCGGCAAGUCGACGAAAAGUGGCCGCAGGAAGGUGUCCGACGCGAGCAUCGGCUCCGACGACCUCAGCAAGGACUCGGGCUGCGCCGCCGGCAAGCUGUCGCCCACGGACAGCAGCUCGGAGCUCUCCGACUGUCCCUCGGAGGAGAACAAGCUGUCCACGGACGCGCUGAGCAGCGACACCGAGUCCAGCAGCCGGGGAGCGGGGACCGAAGGGGACGCCAGGGGCCCGGCGGAGCUCGGGAGCGGGCUCUCGGACCCGGCCGGCCGCGGGGAUCGACAGGACAAGACCCCCGCGGACAAGGACAGGCUCUCCGUGGGGGUGGACACCGGCGGGGAAGGGAGCGCGUCUCCCGGGGACGAGCGCUCCCUGGCCUCCUGCGACAGCAGGAUGCCCGUGAGCACCUCGCUGGCCUUCUCGGACCUCACCGAGGAGUUCGUGGACGGGAUGCACGAGGAGUUCGUCAGGGAGAUCGAGGAGCUCCGAUCAGAAAACGACUACUUGAAAGAUGAGAUGGAGGAGCUGCGUUCUGAGAUGCUGGAGAUGCGCGACAUGUACAUGGAGGAGGACGUGUACCAGCUGCAGGAGCUGCGGCAGCAGCUAGACCAGGCCAACAAGACGUGCCGCAUUCUGCAGUACCGCCUGCGCAAGGCCGAGCGCCGCAGCCUCCGCGUGGCCCAGACCGGACAGGUGGACGGGGAACUCAUCCGCACGCUGGAGCAAGAUGUCAAGGUGGCGAAGGAUGUGUCCAUACGCCUUCACAACGAGCUGGAGACCGUGGAAAAGAAGAGGUCCCGGCUGGAACAGGAGAACGAGGACCUGCACCAGAAGCUCCAGGAACUGGAGGUGGCCAAGCAGGUGCUACAGACCGAGAUGGAGAAGGCCAGAGAGAAUUCCCUGAAGAAGAGAGGACCUCGGCAGUCUAACAAACCAGACAAGAAACUAUCUCCUCAGGAAGACAGCUCGGACCUGAAGUGCCAGCUUCAUUUUGCUAAGGAGGAGUCAGCACUCAUGUGCAAGAAGCUGACCAAGAUGGCCAAGGACAAUGAAAGCAUGCGCGAAGAGCUAGCCAAGUACCGCUCCUUGUAUGGCGACCUGGACGCAUCCCUCUCUGUAGAGGAAGUGGCUGACUCUCCCCAUACCCGUGAGGCUGAGGUCAAGGUUCACCUGAAGCUGGUGGAGGAGGAGGCCAACCUGCUAAGCCGGCGUAUUGUGGAACUGGAGGUGGAGAAUCGGGGGCUACGGGCGGAGAUGGAUGAAAUGAAGUGCCAGGAGCUACCUGGAGGGGCAGGGCAUCUGGUGCUGGCUGGGGGUGGUGUGGUCAGUGAAAACAUGGUUGAGCUCCAGAGACACCUGCAGUUUGUUGAGGAGGAAGCAGACCUGCUACGGCGUUCCUUGCUGGAAAUGGAGGAGCAGAACAAGCUACUGAUGAAUGAGCUAAACCGCUACAAGUCAGAGCAGGAUCCAGAAGUGGACUCCAUGGCCCUGUCAGAAGACUCCUGCUCCGCGGUGAAUGAGGCCUCCCAGGAGGAAUUGCUAAAGGCCCGGCUUCAAAUUGGGGAGCUUAGUGGGAAGGUCAAGAAGCUCCAGUAUGAGAACCGAGUUCUGCUCUCCAACCUACAGCGCUGCGACCUCGCCUCUUACCACCACUCUCGUCUGGCCAUGGAGACAGAUGCUGAGGCUGGAGACUCCGCUGAAUGCGUGCCCUGCCAUCUUCGCCGUGAGGGGCCAGUUGGUGGUGAAAAUGAUGUCCCAGAGGAGCAAGAGAACAAGACAGCAGAAAGCGACAGGAGUGCAGGCAACACCCACAUAGAGACUGCCUUACAGUGCCUCAGGCUGAAGGACUAUGAAGCCCUCCUAGCUGUAAGGGACCAGGCCCAUCUAGUCAAUGCAGCCAUCCAGCUCCUGACCACAUCCAACUCCAACUGGCUGUCUUCUUCGCCCUACCGCAAGAUAUCUCCUAUUUCCUCUUGCCCCAAUGAUGCUGCAGAACAAGGGGGUUCAGAAAAGAGCCAGUCCUUGCCCUUGGAUCUGCCCCUGAUGGAGGCUCUCAACAGCCGCCUGGACACCCUGCAGACCCAGCUGCUCUCCUUUGUGGAGAGAGUGGAGACCCUGGGGAGCACAGACAGGCAGCAGGUGGAGGGCGCCUUGCCCCUACCUCAGAUGUCAGACAUUGGGAGUUGUGUGGCCACCGAGCUCUCCCAGCUCUGCACUCCAGAAGACCAGCCCAGGGAAAUCACAGAUGAACAUGAGCAGCCCGACUUUAGGGACCAAUCAGAGCAUCGGGUCAAAGGUCAGGAGGCAUACCUGACCAAAGCAGAGGAGAGCGACAACAAGGACAGUCAUGAGGACCGUGGGACAAAUGAGAAUGAAGGGAAGGAGACAGACACAGCAGAGCAGCAGGAGCAGGUUGACAAGCUGCAAGCCCUGCUGUCUGAGGCCAGGGAGACAGCUCGGGGAGUCCAGGAGCAGCUGUCCCAGGAGAGACAGGCACGCAGGGAGGACACCCAGAACCACUCCCAAAAACUCGCACAGCUGCAGGAGGAGCACCAGAAGGCCUUAUUGCGGCGAGACUUCCAGCUGCAGAGCCUGAGCCUGCAGACGCGAUUACAACAGAAGUUUUGGAGCCAAGAGAAAAACUUGAUGGUGCAGGAGUCCCAACAGCUGAAGCAGAGCCUGCUGUUGAUCAGCCUCAAGCUGCGCUGGUUCCUCAAGCAGUGGCGUCUGGGCAAGAAGCUGGAGGGAGAAGGGAAGGAUAUCCUUGAGGUGAACAAUGUAAAGGACCUGUACCUGCUGCUGGAGGAGGAGGGUUUGGCUUCCCACCAAGGAGAUAACAAGACUACCACGGCUGAGGAGCAGUCUAGCCCGGGGCCAAAGGACUUGUGCCAGCUGGAGAAGUCCAUUAAGCAGUCUAGUGGUCUGAGCACCACCCUUGCGGAUCUGAAGGGUGCUUUGCAGGACCUGAGCACAGAACUGCGUGAAGAGCGCCAGGGGUCUCAGGAGCUCACCCAGCAAUUUGCCAGGGCAAAGGCCUCCUGGGAGGUGGAGAGGACGGAGCUCAAGAGUCUCAUCACACAGUUGGAAUGCAAGGGAGGAAAAGCAAGCUUAGCAUCAGAAAAGGAGGUGCCGGACUUGAAAGCCGCACUGAAGAGGGAGAGAGAGGAGCAUCAGCACCUCCUGGCCGACUCCUAUGCUGCCGUCAUGGACCUCACAAAGCAGCUGCAGAUCAGCGAGCGCAACUGGAGCCGUGAGAAACUGGAGCUGCUAGAGCGGUUCAACCAGGAGCACACUCAGUGGGAACAACGUCUGCGUGAUGCCCAGAGCAAGAGCAACCAGUUACCGCAAGACAGAAUAUCAGAAACAGAAAAUUUGUCAGACUCUGAUGCAAACAGAACAAGCAUACAGAGGGACAGUCUUCUAGGUACCUUCCCAUUUGUCCCAAGAAGGGAAGUAGAUGGGACCAAUGGCAAGGGCAGAAAGGGACAACCAGGUGGCUUCCCCAAUUUCCUCAUGCAAACUGACAUGAGUGACCUCAACAAGAAGAACUGGAAGUACUUAACUAAUGAGACAGCACUUCUGGAAAAAGGUGAUCCUUUCAAGACCUGGGAUUGCCCAACCAUGGCCAGCAGUUUCCCUGGCUUGGACUUAAACCAUGAGUGUAUCCAGAGGAGCUACACAGCCCCCGACAAGACUGGGAUCCGUAUUUAUUACAGCCCACCUGUGGUGCGCCGCAUGGAGAGGCAGAUGGCCAAGGAAUCCCAACAGGCUGAACCAACGAUCUCAUUCAACGGCAAUGGGCCUCAAGAAUCUGAGGAUAUAGAGGAACCCUCUUCUAGCACCUAUGAUAGGUGGCUGUGCAAGAUCUCCAAACAGCAGAGGGAGCUGCUGGAGAAUGGAUCUGCUGCUGUCCCCUCAGCAGGUAUUCCGUCACCUUUCCAUGAUCUCGAGAUCUCAGGCAACCUGAGUGAUGACAUGAAGGAGAUGACCAACUGCGUGCGCCAGGCCAUUCGGUCAAGCUCCCUAGAGAGGAAGUUCAAGGACACAGCUAGCCAGACAGUGGGCAUGGCCAGUGCAGGGACCCAAACAGCACAGUUUGUCAGCAUAGGACUCCAAACCGAGGGUCCUCGGGGGAGCAGUCUUCAGUCCAAGAGCUGGUCACCCCGCGUGUCUUCACUGGCAUCAUCUCGUUCCCGACAGAUCUCCACCUCCCUGGAGAAAGUGCAUAGUCGUAUUGAGAGGCCUUGCUGCUCACCAAAGUAUGGCUCUCCAAAACUCCAGCGCAGGGUGUCUGCCUCUUCGUCUAAACUGGAUAGCUCCAAGGAACGAAGCCUUUGGAACCUCCACCAUCGUGGACAAAAUGGCUCUGCUUGGGCUCGCUCCACCACCACCCGUGACAGCCCAGUGCUUAGUGGCCUUAAUGAUGGCCUCUCAAGCCUCUUCAGUGUAGUGGAGCACUCAAACAGUGUGGAGUCUCUGUGGAAAGUCGAUGUUGGCAACACUCCUGGCAUCAAGGCUGCUGGUAAACCCAGUGGCGAGGCAGGAAUCCAUAGAUAUGGCAUUGUCCAAGAGUUCUUUCGUAAUGUGUGUGGCCGGGCACAAACCCCCAUGCCUCCCAGCGUAGAUCGGCAACAUAAGGACAGCAGCACAACUGAUGAAGCAAAACCCGAGUGUCCUGCCACUGCUGCUUUGGCUGGAAAUGACAGUGUGACCAAGAUUGUCAACAAGAGAUUCAUGAAGCAAAGCCAGAGAGACGAACAGGGCCAAAGCAGCAAGGAGCUCAGCGCAAAAGAAAUGAGCAUGAGUUCCAGUGCACUGGAGCAGGACGGAGCCUGUGACUGCACCUCCCAGUCUCUAACCUCCUGCUUUGCACGACCCUCUCGCUCUGCAAUACGCCACUCACACAUCCACUGCAAGCUGAGGUCAAUGGAUUCCACAGAUGAGAAAGGAGACCCCACGCAGGAGUGAAAAGUGGAAAUGCAGCCAAUCACACUGCCAUAUACACAAAUGGAACUGCAAAGCUCUGUUGGAUUACCGAGUUAGUCUUCAGAACCCCUUUUGAGGGUAACGUGGUGUGGAACAGAGUCAAAGAGCAGAUUUUAAUGCCAAGGAAGAGGAGCACAUCCUCUCAAACUUCACCAGGACCACCAUGGACUACCAGCAGAGAGUAACAAAACCUGAUCAAAAAUUACAGGGAACAGGAGUUACAGUAUUUAGUCCAUUGUAACAUUAAACUCAUUUGCACGGGACGGGGGGGUGAUCAGUGGCCAUCCUGUUCUAUAGCACUCCAUUACCCCAAACCAGUCCAUCAGAAACAGAAAUAUGUGUCAACGCAACAGAAGGUGGCUCUUCCUCUUUUUAGAUGUUAGCAAAUUCUGGAUAAAUCUACCAUUGCGUGAUUAUCUCUGUUUGCAAGUAAGAAGGAACUUCUCGAGAGCCCCUCACAUGUGCCUGUUAGGGAGGGCUUAUUCCAGUCCUAUUCAGCCCCAUUCAACUCUAAGGUGAUAGACAGGAGUGAAAAAUUCCAAGGACCACACAUCCACCACCUGGCUCAGACUGCCCCUGGCCUCUCUAACACCCACUGCCAUAUAAACCAUUUGUUAAGAUAGAAUUCUUACAAAAAAACAUACUUCUAUGAAGUAUUUAGCAUACUGUCCAUGACCAGAUAUUAGCAGAAUGGCUGGACUCAGAUACGAGGUUACACUGUAGACAUUGUACUUGAAAGAGGGGUCUUGAGUUUUCGCAUGCAAAAAGAAAUAUGUGUUGCUGUAGUGGUUAGGACACUGUACACAGGAUUUCAGUUACUUUCCUAGAAAUGUAGGUGUCAGGCUAUGCACAGCUGCAGUAGUAAAAUCCAGGUGUAAACAUUACUCCUGGCAAGGAUAUAUGAAUCACUUUCAAUGAAAGAGCCAACCAAAUAACACAAUAACACAAUAACACAAGUUUCAUGACCACUGUUUCGUUACUUUUGGACUGAUCCAAAUCACUAGCCACAUUUUAGAUACCACAGCAUUUAAAAUUUUAACACUAUCCCACGUUUUCGUAAUACAUCAUAUGUAUUCCAUAUCUUAAUAAUAGGCUAGGAAGCAAAAUCAUAUGGACAUAUAACAUCCUGAGCAAAGACGGAAACUGAAAGGGUGUCCAGUUACUUUGUAGAUCAGUCUAAAAUAAAGGCUCAAUGAAAAGGGUAACACUAUUAAGCAUUAUGAUUUUAUAAUAUUCUUUAUCAUAACAUACUCUGUCUGCAAUUUCUUUUUCAUUUUGAGAGUACUUAAAAUUUAAAUGCAAAUAUUUAUGUUCUUUUGAUAACAAGGGAUUUAUUUUUUAUUUAAAUUAUUUUUCAAAGACAUUUGUAUCUGUAUCUUCAGUCUCAAUGGUGCUGGACAAAACAUUACAGGUUUUCAUUACAAAUUAAGUGCAUUUAUAAAAUGUAAUUACUUUUUUAAAGUCUUUAAGCUGUCAAUGUUUGGCAUGCAGCUCUACAUAAAUGCUAUGGAUUUCAACAUGUCGUGGCCGAUGCCUUAAACAAAAUAAUUUUGUCUCUGCCACAGCAUCAGGUUUCACUGCUGCCUGUGAAUUUCCCUCUUCUGCAGCAUUGUACUCUUCAAAUCACAUAUUGUUCACUGAAUGUCCUUUUACAGUUUUUCCAACAUCUGAAAUGCAUAUGUUGUUUUGGGUUUAAUAGGAGAAAAUGACUCAUAUCUUUAAGUAGGGCAUUAGAUAGACUGAUUCCCUUUUGGUAAGGCUGUGGUCAGAUUUAAAGAUUACACUGAGAGCAGACAUAUAUUUAAACAUAGUCUAAUUGUACUUCUUUCCUGCCUUUAAAGCUGCUGUCUCCCUAAUGGCUACCUCUUUACUCCUAUACCUUGCUAAAUACAGGCAACCACGGGGAUUGCCACAUCUGUCUCCAUUAGUUAGAGAAAACAAAAGGUAAAACCUGGGGGUGAUGCCAGUGCCUUUUAUAGAGACUUGUUUUGGUAGUAAAGUUGUUUUUAAUUACUGUCCGAACCAGAAGCCCGAACCUGACCACAGAUAAAACAAUCUGAGCCGAGACAGAAUUGAGCCUAACUACAGAUGGACCUGAAUCUGACCAGAUUAAAGACGACAGACACUCUAGUGUAUUACAGUUGAUUCGUAGACUUCCUCCUCCUCUCUGAAUUCAGGGGCACCAUGAAAGCAACAAAGUAAAAGCAACACAAAAUGCUAAUUUCAAAUCCAAAUACUUUCCAAAACUAAUACCUUCUGAAUGAAUAUUCCCUUCAUACAAUAUUUUCUUUGAUUUGGGGAAAUGAAUAAUGAAUAAAGUCUUACUGUAAAUACUUUAGUUUUAAUAUUAGUAUUAUUAUACAACAGCUUUAAUGAGCUGUCAGUACAUUUGAGGAUUAUAUAUGUCUUUUUUCAUAGCUAGACAUUGAUUUGUACAAAGGCCAUUCCAUCAGAGGAGUUGCCUUUUAGCCAGAUUUAGGAUUUCUCUGCUUUGUUAAGGUAACAGCUCCAACACCACUCUACAGCAUUCCCCACUUAGCUCACAUUCAGGAAACCAAUGCUCCGUACAACCUGGCCAAAACAAAGCUUACUGGAAUUGGGCAGCAUAAAAUGUUUACACAGAAAGAAACAAUGUGACCAUGGCAAGGUAUUAGCCAGUCUCCACAAGACCUUACAAAUUCCACAUUGCUCCCAUGUUGAUUUAAGUGCUCUCUGUGGCCCUAAAUAGUUUAGAUGUCCACAAAAACAUCAGUGUGUAGCAAUAUGGAAAUGCAUUAUUCUUAGAUAAAACUUUGUACUAUUUGCUAAAUUACCGCACAACUGCCUGUACAUUUGUUUCCCAUUUUUAAUACACUGAUGCUACAAAAGAAAAAUGUACCCUUCAUUACAUUGUAAUUUGAAACGUAAAAAACACAUUAUUUAUACUCUUUCUAUCCUUGCAUAGUAAAAAGAUGAAUGUCUAAUGAGUUUGAGCCUUGUUCACUGUUGAGGAAGUAAAUGACUCUUUCCCUUUAUCGUUAGAUGCAACCAUUUCUGUAAAUAUCGAUUUGAAAAAGAACAAGAAAAAAUGUACUAGAAUUUCUUUUUGGAUUAUGUGUUAGGGAAAAGGUCUUUCUGAACGUGAAAGUUCAAAUAUCAUUGCUUAUUGUUUGUCAUGGUUCACAAAUAAAUGUUUGUUGAAAACAG